GAGUACAUCGCUUUCACUUGGGGUGUUGUUUUUCUGCACUUGUCAUGUUCGUGUUUAUUGGGCCGAAAAAGAGAGAUUGUAACUCAUUCAAACGCCGAAAGACAAAGUGGUUACGUUCGUGGGUGCCGAAGGAUCUAGGGGUUCUUCGAUCUAUUAAGGAGUGAAAAGUUUCAUAGGUCUUCAUUUGUCUUCGGUCCACGAAGCAACUAAUGGCAGAGUCUACCAAGAGGUAUGCAGUGGUUACAGGUGCAAACAAGGGGAUUGGAUUGGAGAUAUGUAGGCAGUUGGCUUCAAAUGGAAUUGUGGUGAUAUUAACAUCCAGAGAUGAAAAAAGAGGACUUGAAGCGGUUCAGAAGCUCAAGGACUCGUCAAGUGGUCUGUCCGAUCACAUUGUUUUUCACCAGCUUGACGUCACUGAUCCUGCUAGUGUUUCGUCCAUUGCGAAUUUCGUCAAGACCCAAUUCGGGAAGCUCGACAUUCUGGUGAACAAUGCUGGGAUUGGCAGAGUCACUGCAGAUGGCGAAACCUUAAAGGCUUCUGGUUUCGGAAAGGAAGGUGCCCAAAUCAAUUGGAAAGAAGUAUUGACCGAACCUUAUGAAACAGCUGAAGCAUGUCUGGAAACAAACUAUUUCGGGGCGAAACGAAUGGUCGAGGCUCAUUUUGACCUCCUCCAACUAUCCCAUUCACCGAGGAUAGUGAAUGUUUCCUCCAGCAUGGGGAAGCUUCAGAGAGUGUCUAAUGAAUGGGCCAGGGGAGUUCUGAGCGAUGCUGAGAACCUCACGGAGCAGAAAGUGGACGGGGUUGUGAAGGCUUUCCUCGAAGACUUCAAGAACGGUUCUUUGGAAGCCAAAGGCUGGCCUGCAAUCUUUGCCGCUUACAUUAUCUCAAAAGCAGCCAUGAAUGCUUACACUAGGAUCCUCGCCAAGAAGUACCCAAACAUCAUUGUGAAUUGUGUGUGCCCCAGAUUUGUCAAAACGGACAUUAACUUCAACACCGGUAACUUGUCGGUCCAGGAAGGCGCUGAAAGUCCUGUGAAGUUGGCACUUCUUCCAAAUGGCGGUCCUUCGGGUUGCUUCUUUGUCAGUCAGGAAGUGUCAGACUUUUGAUAGAAGAUGAUGGUCUUCACACGCCCCCAGCAGAUUGAAAAAUCUAGUUGUAAAUUAUGGACCCCAACAGCUUAAUAAAUCAUAUGUGACUUCUAGAUGUUCUAUUGAGUUGGAUUUACAUCCUCUCCCUUGACUUUCUGGUUUUGGAUUAGUUUAAUGUGUGACUAAGAUCCAGUCCUUUAAUCAGCCAUUUCUAGGUACUUCAACCAUAGACUAUCAUACAACUUCUUUAGAUAUAUUCAGCAUAUACAUCAUUAAACAGUAUCCAUAAAAAUUGCUGUAUGAUAGCUUGCGAGCGUCCAGUGAACGUAAAGUUCAAUGG